UAAGGUGUGAGAUAUUUGCAAUUAUCUUGGGUUGCAAUGGAGGGAGUGUUGCUUCCCGUGUGUCCUUCACCUUCUUCUUGCUCUGCAACUCCUAAACCCAGAAUCCCCAUUCCGCUACGCUCUUCUUUCCCUUCUCCAUUAUUACACAACCGUUUCUUCUCCCAAAACGCAGCGUUUUCCCUUCGCAACUCUCUCCGCACUUCCACCUUCGCACUCGCGCAACACGAAGCUCCCGUUCUGGGCAAACCCGAUAACAACAACAACUCUUCACCCUAUCUUCCCAAAAUCGAUAAGACGGGACGCUUCUGCAGCCCCAGAGCCGCCAGAGAACUCGCACUGUCGAUAAUCUAUGCUGCGUGCUUGGAGGGAAUGGACCCGGUUCGGCUCUUUGAGAAACGGAUGAAUGCGCGGCGAGAAGCCGGAUAUAAAUUUAAUGAGGAAAAGUUGUUGGAGUAUAAUCAUAUGAGUUUCGGAGGGCCGCCUGUUACUGUUGGAUCGGACGAAGAAGCAAAUGAGCUACUGCGGCACAUUGAAGAAGAGUCUGCCAUUGAAGCAGAAGUCCUUACAGCUCCUCCAAAGCUGGUAUACAACAAACUGAUUUUAAGAUUCACCAAGAAACUAUUGGUUGCAGUCAGGGAUACAUGGGACAGUCAUGUCCUGGUCAUUAACAAAAUUGCCCCACAAAAUUGGAAGAAUGAACCAGCUGCGAAGAUUUUAGAGCUGUCUAUUCUUCACUUGGCCAUGUCCGAAAUGGAAGUGCUAGAAACGAGACACCAAAUCGUCAUUAAUGAGGCGGUAGAUCUUGCUAAACGGUUUUGUGAUGGAGCAGCCCCUCGCAUCAUUAACGGCUGUCUCCGCACAUUUUUCCGAGAACUGGAGCUUGAAGCAUCGAAUAACCAGGAAAUAUCACCUAUGGGGGUUUGAUAAUUUGCAUAUUGACCUGUAGACAAGGCCUGAGUUAGGAAUCGUGUUGUUUGAAACUGGUAGAGUUAUUAUGACAUUUUGUUUUUACAGCAGUUAUUAUGACAUUGCAAUAUUGUAAUCGUGUAUAUGUAUAUUUUAUGUAUGCUAGCUCGUGGGAUUUGUAAUAAAUUUUGUUUAAGUUAAAGAACUUUUGAAAUUUAAUUUAAUUAAGUACUUUUGAAA